GAGAAAGUGAGUGCCACAGUAAGGUUGUCACUGGUUUCACCGGUCAUAAACUGAACAGCACACAGGAUUACCACACAGCACAAUGUGAAAAACAUUUGGGAUAGAGACAGAUCUUUUAUCUCUAAAACUGAAAAACAGCAUCUUCUACUCCAACUAUGACAGUGUGGGGGUCCAGAGUGAAGCGCUACAUGGGGCCUAACGUCUACACGGCUCCCCCAGAUGGUGGCUGGGGCUGGGUGGUGGCGGUCUCCUUCUUCCUGGUGGAAGUGUUCACCUACGGAGUCAUCAAGAGCUUGGGUAUCUUCCUCCAGGACCUGAUGGGGGAGUUUGGGGAGAGCAACAGCCGAGUCUCUUGGAUCAUCUCCAUCUGCGUCUUCACUAUGAGUUUCACCGCUCCUCUUGCUUCUAUAAUGACCAACCGAUUUGGGUUCCGGCCAGUUGUUAUGAUUGGUGGACUCCUUAUCUCCAUAGGAACCAUCGCCAGUGGCUUCACCAACUCCAUCAACGAGAUGUACAUCACCAUCGGACUCGUUGCAGGCCUGGGGUACUGUCUGACCUUCCUGCCCACCGUCACCCUACUGUCUCAGUACUUUUCCCAGCGACGUUCCCUGGUCACAGCUGUCGCCUCCACGGGAGAGUCCUUCUCCGUGUUCGCCCUCGCCCCAGCAUUCUCUGCUCUGAGGGACUGUAUCGGCUGGCGUUACACUCUGGUGGUGAUCGGAGCUCUGCAGGGCAUCAUCAUCAUCUGUGGAGUUUUGCUAAGACCAAUCUUCAUCAGACCUGGACCAGCCACAGAGACAGAGACAGGUGGACUGGCUGACCAAGAGCUGAAGGCUCUGAACACACAGGAGGAGUCCUACACUAAGGAGAGACUGUACACUAAGGACAUUUCAUAUGCUAAGGAUAGCUAUUACACACCACAGAGUUCCUACUCUCAGGAGAACAAGCUGACUCAUUGUUGCUCCCUGAGCUCUGAGUCUGAGGACUCUGGGGUCCAGUCCCUCCAUCACCAGGUCCUGGAUGAUGGUAGCAAGGCAGGGAUGGAUAUUCCUCUGAAUGGGAAAGAGGAGAAGGGAGAAAAGGAGGGAAAAGAGAGAAGAGAGAAGGAGGUGUCUUCACAGCUGUGCUUAGGAAGCAAGAAGGAGAUGGAGAAGGACGAGGAGCAGACAUGGACAGUAUCCGCCCAAAAGCCCAAACUCCUUGACUUCUCCGUGCUGAGAGAAGGCAGCUUCAUUUGCUAUGCUCUCUUCGGCCUCUUCGCCACAUUGGGUUUCUUUGCCCCUCAGCUCUACAUCAUUGAGCUGAGCGUGAGCCGUGGCGUGGAGCGUGACCGUGCAACCUACAUGCUCUCCGCCAUGGCGGUUGCAGAGAUCUUUGGUCGCCUCUCCAUUGGUUGGGUGCUAGGUAGGAAACUGUUUAGAGGCAGGAAGCCCUUGGUGCUGCUAGGAUGUGUAAUCCUGCUGUGCCUGGUGCUGGUGGCCUUUACCCUGGUGUGGGAGUUCUGGGGCCUGGCGGUGUGUUGUGGGUUCUAUGGUUUUUUUAUGGGCACUGUGUCAUCAACGCAUAUACCCAUGCUGGCAGAGAAAGAUGUGGUGGGCAUAGAGAGGAUGGCGUCGGCUGCGGGAGUCUAUGUGUUUAUACAGAGCUUCGCUGGGCUGGCCGGACCACCUCUAGGAGGUGUUCUGGUGGACCUGACUCAGAACUACGGCUCAGCUUUCUACUCCUGUGCGGUGGGUAUGGGUUUGGGAGCUGUGUUCCUGGGACUGGUACGACCAGCCAAGAGAGGCUUGCCCUACUGCAGCAAGAGGGGGCCUCAAAAUUGCCCAGAACCCUUGCAGGUGGGGCCAGGGAACCCUGUACCUCAGCGAGAGGGGAAGGAGGCCCAGGACAGAGACAGUCUUCAGGACUUUCUAGAAGUUGACCUUGAUUUGGACCAGAAACAGGAAAUCAUUACUGAAAAAGGCCAACUGAUGACAAUCUCUACUUGAAAAGACAUCACACAGCUCAGAAGGAAACCCCAUAAGAGUCUGAACUGAAGUUUUGGCUAAGCUAGUGCUGAUUGAGACAAAUCAGACAAAUAUGUGAAUAAAGAAUGCCAUGGACAGAUAAGGAAUCUCUAUCGUGUGAUUUCAGAUCUGGUUUCGGGAGUCUGGAGAGGUUUCAUAUCUCUAGUCACUCACACUGAACAAAGGAAAGGGCAUACUGCACAUCCUGGAUGUAAGGGGUGAAAUUAGCACUACAAACCUUGUUAUAAACUGAGACAACAAUGUUAUUAUUGCUUCCCUGAAUAUCAAAACACUGUGUUUUAGCUCAUGGUACUGUUAGAGAGGAUAUGCAAACAAUAUGUAGAGGCCAGUUAUUAGAUUUGUGAAGUCAGCUGGGAAACCUUAUUACGCUCACACUUGAUUUCAAAUGUCAAUUGUAAGGCAACUAGCUGCAAUAGGAUUUUGAGUUUCCUCCCCAAAAUAACAUUAAAGUUGAUUCAACUUACAAUUGUAUCUCAUUUGGGAGUAAAGCUGAACAAACAGACAUUCUCAAGUUGAAUUGUAUGCUCACUCAACUUUUAAUUUUAGGUUGAGUGAACAUACGCUGAACAAAAAUAUAAACGCAACAUGUAAAGUGUAAAGCCAGUGUUUCAUGAGCUGAAAUAAAAGAUCUCCUAAAUUGUC